CGCCUUCUCUAUUUUUCCGAAUCAAUCCAUUUCACGUAACCAAACAAAUCUUCAUCCACCGUUUAUAUCUCCGUUCGCCGUUCCGGAUCUCGCUGCUUCAAGAUUUUCUCGCCAAUUUUCUCCGUUUUUCUUUUUUAGUUUUGGUGUUGUCUUCAAUGGUGAUGGAAGACAACGAGAGUUGCAGUAGCAGAGUUCACGAUUCGUCGUCGCCGGCGCAGUCGCGGCAACAGCGCCAGAAGCUGGAGGUAUACAAUGAGGUUCUGCGUCGGCUCAAGGAUUCCGACAACGAGGAGGCGCUUGAGCCUGGUUUCGACGAGGAACUGUGGGCUCACUUCGUUCGACUCCCCACUCGGUAUGCUCUGGAUGUGAAUGUGGAGAGGGCUGAAGACGUUCUAAUGCACAAGAGAUUGCUGCAUUUGGCGCAUGAUCCUGCCAAUAGGCCUGCAAUUGAAGUUCGCCUUGUGCAGGUUCAUCCUAUAUCUGAUGGGAUUCAUGGGAACAUAGCUGAUUCUAUUCAUUCAAACUCUCCUACUAUUGGGCCAGCCCAUGGUUCUCCAAAGUACUCUAGCAAACAGAGCAUUCUCCCACCACCUGCCUUUGGAUCAUCACCUAAUCUCGAGGCCCUUGCAAUUGAAGCAAACAAUUCUCAUGUCCAAGAUGGGGAUGGGGAUGAUUCUGUACAUGCUAGUUCACAGUAUUCUCGGCCCAUGCAUGAAAUCACAUUUUCAUCAGAUGACAAGCCAAAACUCCUGAGUCAGUUGACUUGCUUGCUUUCUGAGAUUGGGCUCAACAUCCUAGAAGCACAUGCCUUUUCCACAGUGGAUGGUUACUCCUUAGAUGUCUUUGUUGUUGAUGGAUGGCCGUAUGAGGAAACAAAGCAGCUGAGAACUGCACUGGAAAAGGAAGUUUUUAAGAUUGAGAUGCAAUCUUGGCCAAAUCAUCAUUCCUUAUCUCCUACAGGCGAGCAAGAAGAAACAGGAAUCAAAUGCGAAUCUGAUUUUGUGACAAUACCUAAUGAUGGGACUGAUGUCUGGGAAAUCGAUGUUAGGCAGUUGAAAUUUGAGAACAAAGUUGCAUCGGGUUCAUAUGGUGAUCUGUACAAAGGUACAUACUGUAGUCAGGAAGUGGCAAUUAAAGUCCUCAAGCCUGAGCGUUUAAAUUCAGACAUGCAGAAAGAGUUUGCACAGGAAGUCUUUAUUAUGAGGAAAGUUAGGCACAAGAAUGUGGUACAGUUCAUUGGUGCAUGUACAAGGCCUCCAAGCUUAUACAUUGUGACAGAAUUUAUGUCUGGUGGAAGUGUGUAUGACUAUCUACACAAGCAAAAGGGUGUUUUUAAGCUUCCUGCAUUGCUCAAAGUAGCAAUUGAUGUUUCCAAGGGAAUGAACUACUUGCACCAAAAUAAUAUAAUCCACAGGGAUUUGAAAGCUGCCAAUCUUCUGAUGGAUGAGAAUGAAGUUGUUAAGGUAGCAGAUUUUGGAGUUGCCAGAGUGAAAGCUCAAUCUGGAGUUAUGACUGCAGAAACUGGGACAUAUCGAUGGAUGGCUCCAGAGGUCAUAGAACACAAGCCAUAUGAUCACAAAGCUGAUGUUUUUAGUUUUGGAAUUGUGUUAUGGGAGUUGCUAACUGGAAAGCUUCCAUAUGAGUACUUGACCCCGUUACAAGCAGCCGUUGGAGUCGUCCAAAAGGGUCUCCGGCCAACCAUGCCAAAGAACACUCAUCCAAAGCUUGCAGAGUUGCUCGAGAGGUGCUGGCAACAAGAUCCAACAUUAAGACCCGACUUCUCUGAAAUUAUAGAGAUUCUUCAGCAAAUAGCCAAAGAGGUUGGAGAUGAAGAAGACCGGCGCAAGGAGAAAUCUUCUAGUGGAUUCCUAUCAGUUCUCAGACGUGGCCAUCACUGACUAAAAGAAAAUCAUGAUUAUUCUCAUAAUGUGAAGAUAGGCUCUCACUCUAUAGCCGAUUUCCCAUCUUCUUUCAUCAACACUGUAUAGAAUGAUCUACCAUGUUUGAUUUUUUCUUUUUUUUUUUAGAUUUAUUUUUCUUGCUAAUUUUUUUAACCAACCAUUCUCCUUCAGCGAUACCCCGGUCCAUAGUAUAUCAGUUAGAAGCGAUCCUGUGGCAUUGUAAGUUCGAAAAACUCUUGCAGCCUUACAAUAACAAAUCAGCAAUGUUAAGUUCCUUAUCUUACUGAUUGAAUUCCCAUCUUUUUAAAUGUAUACAUAUGAGCUAGUUCAUCGGC